AGGCGCGUUGAUGCCCAUACAUGCUCACGAUCCUGCGCUCAUCAAAGUGUUGAGGAUACCACACGACGGACGAGUGUGGGUAACCUGAUGUAACCUAGCAAUUCAAGCCUCAUGAGAGGUUGUUACACAGGCUUUGGAAUAUUCCUGGUAUUCCUGGGAUUGAUCCAAGUACGGAGAGGAGGCUUCAUGGUCCGGCAAGUUUCCGAGACCCAAAAGAGGAUUGCCGCAACCAAAGAUUUCUGGGGAACCAUGAACUAUGCAAAUCAGUGGUCAAGUGCCCCCAAAACGGCGUCUAACAUACCUGGAAUAGUUAAUGAAGAUCGUGGGGGUCAGACGCUGGAUACAAGCCCGUUGGUACCUACUCCGCCGUACAUGGUGCUCCUUUUCCGCUAUUGUGAUAUCUUGACUAACUAGUUCUGAUUCUCGAGGUGGAGAAACGUUCAGACCCCAAUCUGCAAAUGUGACUAU